GCUUUUUUGCCUUUUUGCCCGGUCUUCACUGCCUCAUGGUCUCGCCGAUCAUCCGCCAGUUUCAUCAGGCUACUCGGUUCAUCUAUCGGGGUGAGCGCGCCCCACGGCUGGUUUACGUGACAGAUGGUGGUGUGCAGGACUGCACAGCGAUUGUCCAGCUCAUGCGACGCCGCCGUAAACGGAUCCUUCUGGUGCUUGCUGCCGCCGAUCCGCACGAUGAGCUGGAAGUGCUAUGGAGCGCAAUGUGUUGUGCCAUCGAUCAGCAGGUUGGAACCUUCUUCGAUCCCUCUGGCAACUAUCGUGAUGUUCGUGCGGUGAUGCAGGAGUUCGGCGACCGGAAGGAGAUGCCUUUCUUGCGUCUUGGCAUUCGCUAUGGCGGCUGGUCUCGUGCAAAGGAAGCUCCUACCUUCUCGUUGCUGGGUGAGCUGCUUGUGGUGAAGAACCGGAUGCCUCCCUCCCUUCGGGGGAUGCAGGCUGGCUCUUUGUUGACGGAGGAAGAGGUCAAGUCAGGGAAACCGAGCUCGGGCAGAACUUUGGGCUGCAGGCAAGCCCUGGAAGCCGAAGACCUCGGUGGUUUCUGCUGUUGCGACUGCUGCCACGGCAUUGGAUGCAACUGCGGGCCAAAGUUCCCGCAUCUUUCUGGAGCCAACUACUUAUGGCUCACACCGAUUCUCUUUGCCAACUUAUGCCGGCUCGGGUACGAGGCGGAUUUUGCCUGCACGGUCAGGGCAGGAACCCUCGUGAUGCACGAGGGGGAAGUCGUGGGAGUCAUCACGGAGAAUGACAUCCUGGCCGCCCUGAUGGAUGGCAUUGACCGUGACAUUCAACUCGACCUCUGGCUGCGUGGAGGAGAAGCCCGACUCCCGGGAUGCAUGGUGAACGCUUUGACCAUUUACCCAGCAAUGAGCCUUUUAAAGGCUGCCGAGAGAAUGGCUUGCCAAGCGGAGAAGGACUCAGGCUACGCUUGCCAUCACUUGCUCGUCUCCAACGGUUCGCAGCCUCACUUGGUGUCGGAUCUUGAUGUGGCCAAAAGCUUGAUCAGCAACCUGCCCAAGAGGAGCAGGGCUGCCGUGUUCGUGGAAGUCAAGGAGGCAAUGAAGCCACGCGCAAAUGUCGCGACAUGCCGGCUCGGUGACAAGCUCAUAGAUGCGUACCGUAUCAUGUACGAGUCCAGGCAGAAUUGUGUAUUGGUGCUGGAAGGGCUCGGCGAUGUGGAAGGGGAGAAUGUCCUCAAUCCUGAGGAUGAGGGCAGCCAUAUUCAUGGUGUCAUCACGAUAUCAGAUGCGAUGCGAACUUUCUCAGAGUGCCAAACUGGCGACAACAUACGAGUGCAAGGCUUUCUGAAUGGUUUGACUGCAGCUGAACACUUCACAGCUCCCGGAAGAAGCAUCCUCGAAUCACAGUCCCUUUUGGAAGCUGCAGAGCUCAUGAGCGAACUUGGCGUCCAUCAUUUGAUUGUUCUCAGCGCGAGACAUGACCAAAAGGAGAUUGUAGGCGUUCUUUCCGCGCUGGACAUCAUCUGUGCCGUGAGUUCACCGAGCUGGCUUCAUGGAACAGACGGCGGCGCUUGA